AUGGCUUCCUCGACUUUUGGACCUCGUUUGGCUGGAAAAGUCUGCAUCGUGACAGGCUCUUCCUCAGGCUUGGGUCGUGCAAUUGCACUGGCUUACUCUCAUGAGGGGGCGCACCUUGUUUGCGCUGAUCUUCAGCCGGCUGCACGUGCGAAUGUAAAUGGAGAGGAGGAGGUCAACACAGAUGAACUGAUCAGAUCAAAUGGCGGCCAGGCCAUCUUCGUUGAGACGGAUGUCACCAAGACUGCUGCUGUGGAGCGAUUGGUAUCUAGAGCUGUUAUCCAGUACGGUCGCAUUGACGUGCUGGUCAACAACGCUGGCAUUUCUGUUGAAGCGGGCAAAGAACCUCGUCGGGUUCACGAGACUCCGGAGGACUGGUGGGACUUGACCCUUGCUGUCAAUCUCAAGUCCAUCUUUCUCGUCAGCAAACACGUCAUUGCUCAGAUGCUGAAGCAAGAAAAGUCUGAGACUGGCGACCGAGGUUGGAUCAUCAACAUGUCGUCAAUCUUUGGUCUCGUCGGAGGAGUUACCAAUGAGAUGGCAUCCAUUGCAAUGCAAUCUGCCCAGGCUGUAAGUACUCAAGAUCUCAUGACUCGCAUCGAUGCUGACGGAUGUGAAGUUACGGAGACAGCCAUUUUCGCCGACACCAUCAAGACUCGCGACCAAGAUCUCAUACGUUCAUUGCAUCCUCUUCAUGGAACCGGAUCUCCUCAAGAUCUUGUUGGUGCCGCCAUCUUCCUUGCUAGUCAAGAGGCGCGAUGGGUUACUGGGGUGAACCUCCCUGUAGACGGUGGCUAUACAGCACGGUAG